CUGAUGCCCGAAGAAAAGGGAUCCAGGAUUCACACAACGUGCUUUUCUGAGCAGCUGAUCAGGGUCUUCUGUAAGGAGAUUGAUGACGAGAGUGUGGAGGCUGCCAAAAAGCACUUUAAACAGUGGUUAAGGUGCUGGUUAAGCUCUACUCUAAUUCUGCAAAACAUUGUCUCUGGAAAUAUCUACAAGUUUGUUGGUGAGAGAAAGCCAGCGGACCCCAUCGAGGAUUGGGAAAGCCGGAUUUCUGGCUGGAAAGAAGGAUUGGCUCAACCCCUCCCUGACGAGGAAGAAAGCAACCUGAAACCAGAGGACUUUGAAAUCCUGGUCAUUAACAUGGACUACGGCAUGAAAGACGAGAACAACAAAAAUGAAUCCAGGAUUGGCACAACGUGCUUUUCUGAGCAGCUGAUCAGGGUCUUCUGUAAGAAGACUGAUAGAAAGAGUGUGAAGGCUGCAAAAAAGCACUUUGAACAGUGGAAGUUCGAGAAGAAGCCGCAUCUGCUUGGACCUGAGGGUAAUUAAAAGACCAUGGAAAUGACUCAACAACAUGAAUAACACAGAAUUAUUUCUUAUUCAGACUCAGGACUCUUUCUAGCUUUUAUCAUAUACAUGUUGUAUUGUUGUUUUAAAUUGUUGACUCCCUUCUGCAUCUGCAUAAGUUCCAACAACAUACAACAUGAUUUUAUUGAGGACAAAGAUAAAUCAUAAUAUAUAAUAAUAUAAACUGAUACAUAGACACACAUGACACUGGAUACAUUACUUACACAGCUAGCAGCUGUAUGGCUGUUGAAUACCACUUAGGUAAAGAAAGCCAUUAUUGAAAUCCAACAAUCAUUGUCUCAAACUGAAUAUAUAAACUGCAUGUUUCUGAAUUGAUUCAGCUUUUGGUCACAUUUAUGCUUCUUUGUAGGUUGUGAAUUAUUUUUGGUCGGGGAAAGAUGUAAAGCACUCCCAACAUGUGUAAUGGAGUGAAUAUUUCACUUGUGGUUUUAUUUAGGGAUUUAUAAUACUCAGUGGUGUUUUAGUUUUGAUGUUAAUCGUUUGAAGAUUGAGGACAUGAGAUUAGAUUAUUUGUCUUUGAGUGGUGUUUAAUGAGAGAUGAUCAUGAGUGAUGUUUUGGUGACUGGUAUUAUCUUAUAUUACUUUGUAUCUGCAGCAUUUAUUAUCACAAUACAAUUUUAAUCUGUUUUAAAAUGAGUCUUAUUUUGGGCAUGUUUUAUAAUGUGCUCUUCUUUUGAGUUUAUGAUUCUUACUUUAAAAACUGGAACUUGUGAAAACCUUUAUUUGCAUCUAAAAACUUGAAAUUCGAAUUGAAAAAUAUCUUUUAAACGUAUCCAUCAACUACCUUUCUUCAAUGGAUGAUGAAUGUGUUUAAAUGUAUGACACACUUUAAGUGAAGCUAUAAUUGUUUGACGAUUGGUUCUUACAUAAAGCAUCUAUGAGAACCUUUCAAGUGUAUUCCUGUUGUGAUGGGUUCAUAUCUGAUAAAAUCUGCAUGUAUUCAAAAUAAACAUCAGAGAAAAUCCUGAGUUCAA